GUCAGCCCAUCAUUCGUUGCUAUUCCAUUUUUUUUUCCCUAAAUCCACAUAAUCUCUCGAGAUCUCAUAAAAAAGGCAGUCCUUUUUUUCUCCAGAUUUUCUGUAUGUUUGGUUCGUAGAGAAUUUAUGGUAGAUGAAAGGUGAAGCUAAAAGCUAACAUUCCAUUUGGCACCUGAUUUUCCAUUUCUGUUUUCCGUUUCACAUACGAUUUUCGUCUGCAUGCCGCGAUUUAGGGAUAUUUGCCACCUCUCAGGUGAGUGAUUAUGCGCGUGGGUGAUUUCUCAUUUUUCCGUUUCGUUUAUGGCUGAAGUAUGAGAUUUCGAAGACCUACUCGUAUUUUUUUCCCCGAGUAUCGAUUCCUGGGUUGACGUUGGUGAUUGAGGUUGUGAAUUUUGCUAUUAUCUACAGUUGAUUGAGGGAUUCCAGGUUUAUAUGCCUUCUUCCCUUUUUCCUCCUUUAUUGGGCUUUGAUGUUUGGCAUUCAAUCGUGGCUGACGUUGUUCUGUGUGCGCUGGAGGCUAAGCGUGUUUGUUUUUGCACGAAUUGGAAAUCGAUUACUCAGCCACUUAGGAGAAAGUUGUUGUUUGGGCCAGAUUCCUGUUAUCGUUGCAUAAGUCUCACAACAAAUCUAAUUUUUGGGUAAUUCUGGGCUGUGUGAGGGGCUCAUGCAUUUUUAUUCCAAAGCACUGAAAUCCGUGAUAGUACACUGGUGUUUUUUGCAUGUUUUUUCUGGCAUGGUGUUGAAGAUUGCACAGAUUUUAUCUUUCCCAUGGUAGAAUAGAAACAGUUAGAAAAUAGUGAAAAAAAUCCAUCAAGAAGUUGGUUUGUUUGUUGAGAUGUCGCCUGAAUCACCAUCCCCAUCUUCUCCCACCACCAAUCCGUCAAAAUCAUCCUCUGCUGCAAAUGUAACCUCACUCUCUCUUCCCACAUCACCCAAUGCUUCCCUGUCUUCUCAGCCCCCAACAAUAUCCCCUCUCGAACUCGAAUCCUCGUCCUCAAAACACAAAGCAAAUGAAUCCAAUACAACAUUAAGUCCGCCAGAUCAUCCUUCUAAGUCUCCUCCAACCGCUAACCCUCCGCCUCCGGCCGCCCCUCCGCCAUCGGAAACCUCCAAACCGCCGCCACCUCCACCACCACCAAAAAACUCCACGCCUCCGCCUGCCAAAAAGCCUUCAGAAGACUCACCUCCAUCGCCGAAGAGCCCGCCUCCACUGGAAUCACCAAAGCCCCCUGAAAAUUCCCCACCAGCACCACCACAAAGCUCGCCGCCAAUUCUCCGGCCACCUCCGAAUUCCGACAGCACUAGUCCGCCACCUUCCCACUCUCCAUCCUCAAAUUCUCCGUCAAAUUUGUCACCGCCACCCGCAGUGAGGGUAUCACCACCUCCUUCCGUUUUGCCGCCUCCAUCAAAUGCCCGACAUUUGCCGCCACCCAUAGCUCCUCCGCCAGCUGUUCCAAGAACAAAUGGCUCGGGAAGCAAUGGGACACAAGCAUCGCGGUCGGGCAACGGGAGCGGCGUGAGUGGAGGCACUGUGGCAGUUUUGGUGGUGGUUUUCUUUAUGUUCCUCGGUAUAUUUGGGACUCUGGUUUGCUGUUCAUGGAGGCGGAAGAAAAAGGCUUCUGCAUACAAUGGAGGCUAUGUUAUGCCUCCCUCUCUUGGUUCUUCUCAAGAAGCAGAUUCUGCAUUGCUGAAGGUGCCAAAGUUAUCACCUGUAAAUGUUAAUGUAUCCGCCAAGGGUUUUGUCUAUUCACCCCGAACGCCUAGUGGUUUUGGCAACCCUAAGACGUGGUUCAGCUAUGAAGAGCUGGUUGAGGCUACAAAUGGGUUUUCAUCCGAGAAACUCUUGGGGGAAGGUGGGUUUGGUUCAGUGUACAAAGGAAGCCUCGAGGAUGGUAGAGAUGUGGCAGUUAAGCAGUUAAAGCUUGGCGGGGGGCAGGGGGAGCGGGAGUUCAGAUCUGAGGUCGAAAUAAUAAGCCGAAUACACCACCGCCAUUUGGUUUCGCUUGUCGGUUAUUGCAUUUACGAGAACAGAAGGCUGCUUGUGUAUGACUAUGUCCCGAAUAAUAAUCUCUACUUCCAUCUUCAUAGUGAAGGUAGGACUGCACUGGAUUGGGAUACACGUGUAAAGAUUGCUGUAGGUGCAGCUCGUGGAAUAGCUUACCUUCACGAAGACUGUCACCCUCGUAUCAUCCACAGAGAUAUCAAGUCGUCAAACAUCCUUCUAGAUAAAAACUUUGAAGCUCGGGUUUCUGAUUUCGGACUGGCCAAAUUAUCCUUAGAUGCAAAUACACACGUUACAACGCGCGUUAUGGGAACUUUUGGGUAUAUGGCUCCUGAGUAUGCAUCCUGUGGCAAGUUGACCGAAAAAUCUGACGUAUAUUCCUAUGGAGUCGUGCUUUUGGAGUUAAUUACUGGACGCAAACCUGUAGACAUGUCUCAGCCUUUUGGGGAAGAAAAUCUUGUUGAGUGGGCUCGACCCUUGCUAUUUCAUGCACUCCAGAGGCGUGAGUUUUCGGUUCUGGCAGAUCCGAGACUUCAACUACGUUACAAUGGUAGUGAAAUGUUCCGGAUGAUUGAAGCUGCAUCUGCUUGCGUGCGGCAUUCAUCAGCAAGGAGACCCAAAAUGGGACAGGUUGCGAGGGCUUUGGACUGCAGAGACAUGGCGGAUUUGACAAAUGGGAUGAAAGUAGGGGAGAGUGGAAUGUUCAACUGCACGCACGAGUCAGACGAGAUUAGGUUGUUUAGGAAAAUGGCAUUUGGUAGUCAAGAUUAUAGCACAGGUUUUUUCGUGCAGGAUUGUUGGAGCAUCGAGGGCGAUUGCGUAAAUAGCCAUAGGCGAGUGGUGCAAUGAAAACUCCAAAAGAGGGGACUUCGUUCGAUUGCGUUCGAAUCCGUGUAUGAAAUGCAAAUGGCGAUUUUUGUUAGCUUUGGUGAGUGAAAAGUAUAUAUUGUUUGCUUUGUGGUCCAGUUUGUUGUAAAUCUAAUCUUACAGGAUGAGCUCUUUUUGUUUCUUUUUCUUUUAGCUUUGGUCAAUUUACUUUUAACAUGUGAAUAGGAAAAAUUGUUGGCCUUCUGUAUUAUAUGUGUGUGUGCGGUGAAGUUCAGUUUGGUUUUUGCUCUUCAUCUUGAGGUUGGUGUUUCAAUUUUAAUAAAUAUAUAUGUAUUUAUUUUAU